CACUUUCCUUCUAUCCAGAAUGAAUUCGCUCUUGUUUCUCGCGUUUGUAGGAUUCCUGUGUGGCUUUGUGGCAGCUGAGACCGCGGAAGUUCAUGAGAACAAAGUUGAACCGGCCGAUCGAAGCCUCGUUCUGCCUGGAUCUACUCUCACCAACACUUUGUGCCAGUGGCAGGUGGUGAGCAACCCAUGCGUGGACAAUGUUCUACAGGCCCUGAACUUUCCCCACCCGAGCGACGCCACCAAGUUCCUACAGUGCGGACUGUAUGGACGUAUGUACAUCGUCCAGUGUCCCACGGGAGAGGUCUACAACCAGGCAACAUCCUCCUGUUUUACGCCACAGGAGAGUGAACCACAGCCGAUCUACAUCGCUUCUCUUGGAAUUUACAGUCCCUGCACAGCUCAAAAUCUCCAAACCGGUCGAAUAUUCUUCUCCGUUUAUAAUAGCAACAAACAGUUCAUCAUCUGUGACCCUGAUUCAAAUGCCCGCGUUAUCUCUUGUCCCGGUCUGCUCAUCUGGGACCAAAACAAGCAAUCGUGCGUGUUCAUGCUUGAGGGAGGUGUGGUAUACUCUGGCAAUGUUGCUGCAGUCACAGGUUUACUGAACGGUGCGAACCCCUGCACCGCCCAGGCAAUCAGCGUCAAGGCCUUGUUCUUCUCACACCCCGAUCCUACCAAGUUCAUCCAGUGCGACCUGCAAGGGAACGCGUACGUCCAGAGGUGCCCGCCUAGUCUCGUGUGGAAUCAAUACUUUGAGACGUGCGUCUCCCAGCUUGCGUCAUUCACACUCAACGAAGAGACGAAAUAUUCAUGAUCGCGAAGAGCUGGAAUAGUCCAUACGGAGACGGUAUUGAGACCGAACUGCAAACUGCUCUCCAUUUUCUUAUUUCACAUUUGUUAAAUUAAAAGCAUA